GCCGUUAAUUAAUUAAUUUGGGUACAAAUCAAAGUUUCCAUCUCUCACUUUGCGUCUUCCUCAACUCAUUUGUUCAUGCACGCCCUCCAAAACUAACACUUCACAGAGGAGCAUCUCCCACUCUUCUUCUGUGUUGUUGUUCAAGAUAGAGAUCCCCUCUCUACUGAUUCCGUCGAAUUAUUUAUAGACGGAUCCGCGUGGAUUGGGUAGAGUUGUGGAUGGAAGGAGCUAAAUCAUUUUGGAAAGGCGACGAGCAGGAAGAGCUGGAGUCGGUGCAGGAUACCCAGCCAUUGAAGUCUGGUGGGGGAAACGGCCAGAUUCGAUUUCGAUCACCGUCGGCUGCUGAGCUUUUGGAUGCGCAGCAGCAAGUUCAGAUGGAGAAGGUUUUGAAAAGAAACAGGCAGCACGAGACCUUCUCUGACAAGUUCCAGAGAUGGCGUGGUGCGAUGCUAUUGGUUUUUGUCCCUCUCCUGCUGAUCUCCUUUGUGCUAUUUCUCAUGCCCUCGAGGUCGUCUCCCGAUUCUAUCUCUCGUAAGUUCGCACCAAACUUCAUGUCUAAGAAAUAUGCGGUCAUCUUUGAUGCCGGAAGCUCUGGCAGUCGGGUGCACGUCUUCUGCUUCAACAAGCAGCUAGAUCUCGUUCCCAUGGGCGAAGAACUCGAGCUUUUUGAGCAGCUAAAACCAGGUCUGAGUGCAUAUGCAAAGGACUCUGAGGCUGCUGCAAAAUCCCUCUCAAAACUACUUGAAAAAGCUGAAGCAGCAGUUCCUGGAGAGCUGCGGUCCAUCACGCCAGUUAAAGUUGGGGCUACUGCUGGUCUAAGGCAAUUGGAAGGUGAUGCAUCUGACAGGAUUUUACAAGCAGUGAGGGAUUAUUUGAAGAAUAAAAGCUCCCUGAAGUCAAAGGCUGACUGGGUCACAGUUUUGGACGGGAAUCAGGAAGGUGCUUAUCAAUGGGUGACCAUUAACUAUCUAUUGGGAAAUUUGGGCAACGAGUACUCUGGUACUGUUGGAGUGGUUGAUCUUGGGGGUGGUUCUGUACAAAUGGCAUAUGCCAUCUCAGAGUCAGAUGCUGCUAAAGCUCCUAAGGUAUCUGGUGGAGAGGAGUCAUAUGUGCAGCAAAUGUAUCUCAAGGGAAGAAAAUAUUAUCUGUACAUUCACAGUUACCUACAUUAUGGUUUACUGGCUGCUCGAGCUGAGAUUUUGAAAAUCACUCAAGAAUCUGACAAUCCAUGCCUACUCGCGGGCUAUGACGGUUCUUACAAAUAUGGCCAAACAGUGUAUAAGGCUUCUGCUUUGCCCUCUGGUUCCAGCCACAGCAAAUGUAGGGAGACAGCCAUUAAGGCUCUGAAAGUCAAUGAAUCUUGUACCCAUAUGAAAUGUACGUUUGGCGGUGUUUGGAAUGGCGGGGGUGGCGAUGGCCAGAAGAAUUUGUUUGUUGCUUCAUUUUUCUUCGAUAGAGCUGCUGAGGCGGGUUUUGUUGACCCAAACCUGCCUGUUGCCACGGUUCGUCCAUCUGAUUUCGAGGAGGCAGCUAAACAAGCUUGCCAAACUCGUCUUGAAGAUGCCAAGGCUACAUAUCCUCGCGUCCAAUCCGAAAACCUUCCUUACCUCUGCAUGGACCUUGUUUAUCAGGUUGCUCUGCUUGUUGAUGGAUUAGGCAUUGAUCCAUGGCAAAAGAUUACAUUGGUGAAAAAAGUUAAAUACCAGAAUUCACUCGUCGAAGCAGCAUGGCCGUUGGGCAGUGCCAUCGAGGCUGUGUCGUCACCCGCCUAACUACUUUGCCUCCCGGUUGGCACAUUUGAUUGAUCUGAGUGCAUAUUCUGCAACUGGUUUGCAAGUAUAGCGUUUGGAAUUGGAACUUUGGUGAUGAAAUUCGUGAUUCAAUAUAUUCCAAGUUUAUUUUUAGUUAAAUGAAAAAAUAAGAAGAAUUUGAAACUUAGAUUUAGCAUAGCAGAAGUGAUUACUGGUAUUUACUCAUUGUACUGAUAAACGCAAAGAUUCAGCAUUUUUUUUGUCAUGUUAACGAAUUCGCCAACUCUUCUAUUGAGCUUUAAUUAUUUUUGCAGCA